CUAAUUGGCUUUCUUUGGUCCAUGUUCAAUAUGGAUCAAUCAUUCAGUUAUUAAAGAUGCAGGAAAUGUUCUCCAAAGUGUUUUUUUCUCUCUCAACUGAAAAACAUUACUUUAAAGUAAGACAAUUCAACUGACCAAUUACUCUGUCCAAAAGGGGUCAAAUUAAUAUAACUCUACAUAACGGUCAUAUAAAAGGUCGAAAAAACAAGGAAAAAAACUAUCUAAAGGAAGUAAAAUUUUAAAUGAAAUCAAACAUACAGAAAGGAAAAAAUAAACUAAACAGAAAGAACCCAACAGCCCCACCCCUGAAGGCUGAGGAGCAUAUGGUUGAGCCUGAUGAGUUGGCUUUAGGAUUAAAACUGUCCUCGGCCCUUGGCCACACCAGUUGCUCCACCAGGAACAAGUCGACAUCCCACCGAGGUAACUGAAAAUAAAAUAGAAACACUUAUUGAGGUUUUAAAGACCAGGAUUACUCAGAAAACAUUUUUUACUUAGUAUUUUCCAAAAUGAUGUCACUCUGAAUUGAACAUGCAGGCUGAACGUGAAAAAAGUCUCUUCCUCUUCUUCCUGCUGUAGCUUCUGAUAGGAAAUAGACGAUGAAAAGCAGGGUUCAGAAAAUCCUGACAGAUGUACGUCAUGCCGUCAUUUAGCAUUUAUGGACCCACGGCAGGGAAAGCCGUUGUUCCUUCACUGUCCAGGAGACAGCAGAGAGCAUCUCGGCUAGUAGAGGUGCGAAUCUUCACUCGUUUCCCAAUUCGAUUCAACUCCAAUUAUUGGGUCAACAAUUCAAUUUGAUUCGAUAUCCCGAUGCUUCACGAUGCAUUGGUUAUUUGAUUAUUUUCCUCAGCUCUAUCGGCUAAUAGAAGCUAAGCGUUAGCAUUAGCAACUCCACCACAUGGCAGAACUCCUCCAGGCUUGUGCUAUUUGUGGAGAUUAAACAUCAACGUUGCAGAGCAAAUGAAGUCAGUGGUCGAGAUGCGUUGUUGUUAGCCAAUCAGAGGUGAGAUGUCAAAAUAUCAGGAAAAGGACUCCAAAUCCUGCCAUCUGCUGCACUUUCACCUCCAGCUGAUUUCUACAUCCUAAAACAGGUGCACUGGAGCUUUUUUCCCCAGAGAACAACUUACAAGACAUUAAUUCCUACCCGAGACCACUGCAAAUUUGCUAAAACAUGAGUAAAGUGUAUACCUUUUAAGUAGGUAAACAAAAAAAAAAGUAUUUGUGAUGAAAUGAUGAGGUGAGUGUGCUGUAGCCAUGGUUACAGCUAUCCCAGUGGUACACAUCCUUGUACCUAACAGCACUGCGACUACUUUUCAGUCUUUAUAGGCAGACCGGUUGAUUACAGGAACUUGAAACAUUCUUUCUUGAAGAGACACAGGAAGAUGAUCAUGUCUGCUUCUUGCACCAUCUGUUACAGGACUUGAUUAUUUAUUCACUACCUGCAGUCAACAUGUGACCGACUCCCCCUGGACUAAAAGUCUAAUGGGGAACCAGGGGGGUUGAACUUUAAGCCUCCGACAACAAGAGCCACAUAGAUGCUGGAUCACCGGUUUAUGUUACCUGUUGGCACCCAGUAGGUCCAGAGAAACAGUGGUGCAACGUUAAUGCGUGUCUCGGUCUCAGGUUAAUGGAAAAACUAUCAGAAGUGUGUUUAAGCCACACCCCCCCACACACACAGAGAGGAGACAGGUAAACAAGAGCAGCACUGCUCCAACCUCCAGACAAUUCACCAAUGAUCUCAACAACUUCCAGCACAGUGGAAAUGGUUACACAGGCUAAACUUCAGAUCAACUCGGGAAACGUCGAAGAUAAGAACUCAGGGAGUCUUGGAUGUUUUGGUUGGCUGCUGGUUAUCAUAUCCCUAAUUUUUGUAGUGGUAACCUUCCCAAUUACUCUGUUCAUGUGUGUCAAGAUAGUGAAGGAAUAUGAGCGAGCAGUCAUUUUCAGACUCGGAAGGAUUUCAGACAGAAAACCAAAAGGACCAGGACUUUUCUUUGUUUUGCCGUGCACUGACAACUUUGUGAAAGUUGAUCUGAGAACGGUGUCCUUUGAUAUUCCUCCACAGGAAAUCUUGACCAAAGACUCGGUGACGGUGUCUGUGGAUGGAGUUGUGUACUUUCGGAUCAACUGCCCCAUCUCAUCUGUGGCCAAUGUGUCUAACGCUUGCUCAUCCACACGGCUGCUUGCUCAAACCACUCUGAGGAACGUCCUCGGCACCAAAAACCUUUCAGAACUCCUGUCUGACAGAGAAGGGAUUUCUUUAAGUAUGCAGGAAACCCUGGAUGAGGCCACUGAUAAAUGGGGCAUCAAGGUGGAGCGCGUGGAGAUAAAGGAUGUAAAGCUGCCGGUACAGCUGCAGAGAGCUAUGGCAGCAGAGGCAGAGGCCAGUCGGGAAGCCCGGGCUAAGAUUAUUGCUGCAGAGGGUGAGAUGAAGGCCUCCAGGGCUCUGAAAGAAGCAUCCCUGGUGAUCGCAGAGGCCCCGUCUGCUCUCCAGCUCCGGUACCUGCAGACCCUCAACACCAUCGCUGCAGAGAAGAACUCCACCAUCAUCUUCCCUCUGCCUAUAGAUGUGCUGCAAGGUUUCAUGCAGAGGAAGUGAUGAAUUGGCCAUUUUAUUUACUUCCUGAAACAAAGUUUGCAAGAUUCUGAUGAGAAAAGGAGCUUAUUGUUUAUUUAAAUGCAUACACACUCACCAAAUCUUGGUUUAUGCACUUAUUGUGUUUGCUAAUUCUGAUUUAGUACAUUAAAUGCAAAGUGCGACAUAUACAGCAAUGUCUUCUCAUCAUUCACCACAAUACUGCAACCAGCUAAGUUACAGUUUCAAAUCUUGCGGAAAAUAAAUAAUUCAAUAAAAUUCAAAGCAUAAAGUAAACACAAAAAAUGUGGAAUUUGACUAACUCGGAAAGACAUGCUUUUGUGUAAACUUCUUAAAUACUUAAUUACAAUCAACUUAUGAUUUGUAAACAAUCAACACACGUACGAGACAUCCAUGUGACACUCUGGGAUAAAAACUGCAAACAAAAGCUCUUUUUGUGACGUUCAUUCAGUAAACGUGUCCACAGGACACAGAGGUCAGUGCAAUAUGAGAACCUGACUGAGGGGAAGGGGAUUUCCACCUCCUCUCAGAUAACUUCAAACAUUAAAACUGGGGCAGAACUCCACAUGUAUAACGUCUCAUUCAUUAUAUAAAGAAAUACUGAAAAGUAAUGUAAUAAAUUAAAUACUAUUUCAGUUUUUAUAUUAUUCAUGCUAACAUUUUGAAACAGUUUGACCACUGCUAGCAUCUACGUGAUUGCAUACAAAGUGUAUUUUGCAAAAUGUUUUGUGAAUUUUUAAGAUGAUUAGUUAUUGUAUGAAACUAUUUUAAAUAAUAUGCAAUAAACUAAAAAAAAUGACAA